UGAAGUGAGUGGGGUGGUCGGCACUGACAGAGGGGGAAAGACGAACAGCAGCUCGCACCAUGGAGUUUGCCUUAUUUGCGUUUUUUACGUUAUUUGCAUCGUUUUCCAGUAGUCUGGCGUUGUCACGAAAUAAAGGCGCAUGUCUGCUUCCAGUGGAAAAUGGUCCCUGCAGAGGAGAAAUCGAGCGCUAUUACUACAACACAGUUACCCAGAAGUGCGAGAUAUUUUAUUAUGGAGGCUGCCAGGGAAAUGCCAACAACUUCAAGAGUUAUCAGGAAUGCCAGAAGACAUGUUUCAGAAUUCCAAAGAUUCCUCAAAUCUGCAGGUUUCCCAAAGAGGUGGGUCAUUGUCGUGGCCUCUUUUCCCGCUAUUUCUUCAACAUGACCACUAUGCAGUGUGAGUCCUUCUCCUACGGGGGAUGCGGGGGAAACUCCAAUCGCUUUGAAGACCUCCCCUCUUGCCUGGAGUACUGCAGUCCCAAAAAAAAUAUUGCUGUGCUCUGUCUGGACCCUCUGGACAAAGGGAAGUGUUCGGCCUCUAUAACCCGGUACUACUACAACACGGCCACCAAGAUGUGCGAGGAGUUUGUCUACACGGGCUGCGGAGGAAGCAGCAAUAACUUUGUGUCACGGCAGAGCUGCGUGGACGUGUGUGUUCGAGGACCAAAAAAACACUCAAGCCAUGGGAAACUUCGGCGCUUGAAGCGAAAUAGAAACAAUCGCCUCCCUCCGCUCAAGGUCUAAAAGGCCUUAUGUCACUCAGGAGUUCACACUUGGACAAGUCCUCAACGUUUGUUUUGAGCUAACAUGAUGACAGGUCGUGUAUUUUGUUAUAGAAUAACUCUUCGAAUGCUGUGUAUACAUUUUUUUUUACAUUUCUAUGUGAUUUUAAACACAGGUUUUCAAUCAUACUGUGCCAGCCAGAGGCACAAGUGAACUGAGUAGCUACAUAAGACCUUUAAAACUAGUGGUCAGCUCUGUUUUAAUUGUCAGUGUAUAUUUGUUGGUGGAAAAUAUACAAGUUUGCCACUGAUGUCUGCCACAAACUAAUCACAAGCUAUGCAGAUGACAAUAUGCUUCUUUUCCUGACUGUGAAGGAGUAAAAGAAUCUCGUCUCUUCGAUUUAUUUACUGCUAUUUAUUUGGUAAAUAAUGUCACCUGGAAAUCAAAUUCUUCGUAGGGUCUUGGACUGGCUCUCAUGAAAGUGCAUCACUGUUCCUAAUUAUGUAUUUUGCUACAUUGUAAAUGAAAACUGUAUGUUAUGUAUGUAAGGACAUUUUUAUGGAUUUAAAAAAAAUAAAAUGUACAGAUUAUGAUGAAGAA